UCUAUCAUCGUCUCCAUUGUCUCAUUCUUUGAAUAUCUCUUACAAACUCCAAAACACACACACACACACACUAUCUCUCUCUCUCUUUCUCUCUCUCUCUCUCUCUCUCUCUCUCUCUCUAUGGAUUUCCACAGCCUUGCAAGGAAGGAGCUUCAGGCUCUCUGCAAGAAGAACAAGAUCCCAGCCAACAUGACCAAUGUUGCCAUGGCCAAUGCACUCCAAGCUCUUCAAAAUGUUGAAGGACUUGAAGAAUUCUUGAAUCCAUCUGAUUCAAAUCUCUCUCAAUCUCCGGAGAAAAAUGUGAACGGAUCGCCUGAUAUUCCUCGUACAGCCGCCAGGGCCUCAACUCGCAGAAAACCCACAAAACAAGUAACCGAAAGCACACAACCAUUGACGCGAACUCGUCGUGGUACGAGAGGAAGUGCCGCUCAAGGUACUGAUCAAGAAAACAAAGAUGUGAAUGUACUUAUAACCCCGGCACCGGCAGUGCCAGGCAGCCGCAGAAGAGUGCCAGCAGCUUCAUCUCGCAGAAAAAUUGAGACCCAGUUGAGAGAAGCUGAAGAGGAUGAGAAGAGUGAGGCUCAAGAGAGGAGUGAUGUGGUUGAGACUCCUGUGGUGCCAAGCACCCGGCGAAAAGCUGCAGCCACUUCGGCUCUCAGGAAGUUGGAGACGGAGAAUUCAGUGCAGCGAGUGUAUAGUACAAGGCAUUCGGUGAGAUUGUUGGAGAAGAACCUGGGUAAGAUGAGUUUAGUGGAGAAUGGAAAGUCAGAACCUGUAAAGAUUGAUGACUUGUCUGAAGAGAUGGCUAAUAGUUCAGAAAUUUCAGAGCUUUCUGUUCAAUUUGAAAAGGAAAUGUCUGAAGCUAAUACACAAACAGUAUCAGAAGUGGGUCCAGAGGAAACCAAUGAUUCUGAAGUUCUAUCGGAUCCAAAACCAGUUGAGUCAAUGGAGAUGGAGAGGGAAUUGAAAGUUGAUAAUAAAGAUAUGAACAAGAGUGAUGAUGAGUCUAGAGAAGAUAAUUUGAAGUCUGAGAUAGCUGAUAAUUCAGGUGUUGUUAAAGUUUCAGAGACUAUUGAUGAAGCCGGUGAUGAGGGUUCGGAUGAGUCGGAAAUUAUUUCAAGUGAAAAGUUGGAGAUGGCAAUAGAUCUGGAUCAUGAAACUGUAGAUGAGAAGGUUACUGAGCAAGACACAAGAUCUGAGGAUUCUUUGGCUGUUAAAGAAUCCAAUGAUGCUUCUGCUGAGGAUAUGGACCAUGUUUCUGAAUCUCUGUCCCCACAACAUGAAUGUCAAAACCUGGCAAGCAAAGACUCAGAACUGAAUGUGACAGAGGGUGAUGACCACAGCAAUUGUGAUUCUGAAUCUGAAUCUACCACUGAAGGGGAGUCAGAUUCUGAAUCGGAAUCUGCCACUGAAGGGGAGUCUGAUGAAGAGAUUGCAUCAGAUGAAAACUCAUCUGAGUGUGAAGAAAACUACAGUGAUGAUGAUGCAGAAAAGGAUUUAGAGGCUCCAGUUCUUCCUAUUGGUUUUGAGAAGUUGGAGAACAACCAUUCUGGUUCUGAAAGCAUUGUAGCUGAACAAUCGGACAUACAGGUUUCUGUUGAGAAUCAGGCAUCUAUUAUGGAAAUUUAUAAUACUGAAGCAUUGGUUGAUGUGAAAGUGACUGAAGCAGAAACAGAAGAAGAAAGGGAUUUAGAGGCUCCAGUUCAUUCUGGUUCUGAAAGCACUGUAGCUGAACAAUCGGACAUACAGGUUUCUGUUGAAAAUCAGGCAUCUACUAUGGAAAUUUAUAAUACUGAAGCAUUGGUUGAUGUGUAUGUGACUGAAGCAGAAGAAGUUGCCAUGAAAACCAAUGACCAAUCAUCAGUUGAAACUCCAAUAUCUAUGAACAAUAUGAGUCCAGAUCUCCUAAUUUCUGACUGUGAAGUCACAUUAUCAACUGUGGCAACAAAUUCAAUAUCUGAGGACAAGACUUCUUGUCAUGCUGAGGAUCCAAUGGCCAAGGCAGAAGAGAUGCAUGAAACUUUGGUUGAUGUUUGUGUAAUGCCAGCACAUGAAUCAAACAUGAGUACUGAUCUAAUUUCCGACAGCAAAGUCACCUAUGAUAUUCCAUUUCAACCAUUUGCAGCUGACCAGCUUUCGGGACAGUUUCCUCGCCCAACUCAGUUGACACCAAGGAAAUCUUCAGCUAUAAAAGAAUCAACAAUUCAGACGGUCACUGAUGUUUCAGAUGAUGAUGAGGAAAAAAUUGACACUGGUAAUGUCGAGGUGGAGCUUGAUAAGGAAAAGGCAAAGCCUGAUGAAUUGGCAGGAAAGAGUUUAAGGCAGCUCGCAAAGAUGUUGAAGGAAAUGCCAGCACAUGAAACAAAUAUGAGUACUGAUCUAAUUUCCGACAGCAAAGUCACCUAUGAUAUUCCAUUUCAACCAUUUGCAGCUGACCAGCUUUCGGGACAGUUUCCUCGCCCAACUCAGUUGACACCAAGGAAAUCUUCAGCUAUAAAAGAAUCAACAAUUCAGAAGGUCACUGAUGUUUCAGAUGAUGAUGAGGAAAAAAUUGACACUGGUAAUGUCGAAGUGGAGCUUGAUAAGGAAAAGGCAAAGCCUGAUGAAUUGGCAGGAAAGAGUUUAAGGCAGCUCGCAAAGAUGUUGAAGGAAAUGCAUAUUAAAAGCAAUAAAAAGCACAAUACAGAUAAAAGUACCACUAAGGAACAUGUUGGGAAGAAAAGAAUUGCCUUGCAGGCAUUGCCAGAGAACUGUAGUGUGGCUGUGGAUGAGGGUUUGAAGGAAAAUUGAAAUACCUAAAUGCAGGAAGGGAUAUAUAUAAGUGUAUGAAACCAACCGCGCCUUGAGUAUUGUUUCUAUUUUGGGAAUUUUGGUUGAGAGGGCCAAUGAUAGAGGAGGGUUUAAACCUGGGUUUGCCUGCUUAUUAUGUGUUUCUUUUCUUGUGCAAAUGAGAAUCAGAAGUUUGAUUGGAUUUUGUUUUUGGUCACUUAUGGUACACAAGUUUGUAAUAAUGUUGACUCGCCCAAUAUUUUGUUGGUGUUGGGUUAUGAUUGAAAGCUAUCAAGCCUGCUUAUCCAUCUA